ACCACUUUAGACAAAUAAACGCACAAACACACAUGCAUGUCGCCGUAAGACUAAUAUCGAAUAUAUCGAUGCCUAUUUAUGUAAGCCAGUUCAGUUGCAAAUAAACCAUCGCUGUGACAGUACGCAAAAUGUUUUAAAUUUAUUGAGCAUCCAAUACCGAACCUUAUAGCUAUCGAAACAUGGUCCAUAAUCGAACCGGAUGCGAAUCGAAAGAAUAAUAAGAUAAUCACCGGUCGGCGAGCGCGGCGAUACCUGGAUCGAGUGCGAAGUGCAGUUGUUUACUUAAAAACAUUAAUAUUCUCAGCUAUGCGGCGGUGAAAUUAUUAUCGUCGUGAGUUAUAAAAGUGAAUAACUUUGUUGUUUUGGGACUUAUAACGUUAUUUGUUGUUAAUCGACAUGGCUACACCAUCAAUAGACGAAGUUUCGGUGCAAUUAGAAGACAUAUAUAACAGUAUCAAGAAAGCGGAAAUUAAUUACAAAAAAUGCCCCAAGGAGAGGCUAACCCUUGGUUACGUAAAGGUGCGCAUGCAAUAUAUUGACGAGUAUUGGUCAUCAUUCAAGCAAUUACAUUCCGAGUUACUAAAAAUAUCAACUACGGAACAAAGGCAAUCUCUGUUAUACUUCGUUGAGAAUUAUUACGAUAAAUGUGAAGAAAAAUACUUGAAUCUAAAAACUACGCUUCAGGACCUGUUGGACUUUAACACACCUACACCGGCUGGCACGCCCAUGAAUACUUCAUCAGUUUCUGGAGAUAUUAAGACAGUAAUGGAUGUGAAAUUACCUCGUUUAGAAUUACCGAAAUUUUCUGGUCUUUAUGAAGAAUGGCAGGCAUUUGAAGAUAUUUUUACAUCAAUAAUUCACAACAACCAGUCAUUGAGUGACGUGCAGCGGUUUUACUACCUAAAGUCUUGUUUAAUCGGAGAAGCCAGCACAACCUUGAAGCAUUAUAAGGUCGUGGAGAAAAAUUACAGACCCGCUUGGGAUACAUUGAAGAAACGUUACAGUCAUAAACGUCUUGUGGUCAAUGCAAUUCUCAAAAGGCUGUUUUCAUUAAAAAAAAUGUUGAGUCAAUCUCCUAGCCUAUUGAAAACAUUAGUUGAUAAUAUGAAAGAGUGCCUUCACAGCUUUAAAGGUCUGUCGAUUAACACUGAUGCUUGGGACCCCUUGCUUAUAUUCUUAGCGACUCAAAAAUUGGACCCAGAGAGCCACAAACAAUGGGAAGAGCACGUGAGCCUGCAAGAGACUGGGGAUCUGCCUACGAUAAAUGAAUUGUUUCACUUUUUGGAGAAUAAAAUACAUACAUUGGAAUUAACGUCUGCAGCGUCGUCGCAAGCCAAAACUGUUAAAGAACGAUCAUUUCACGCCAGUGCUACAUCCGAAAAAAAUUGUCUUUUCUGUCAAGAUGCUCAUGCCUUAUGCCAUUGCAAGCAAUUUGGAAAAUUGGAUCCCAGCGAAAGAAGCGAAUUUGCUAAGAAUCAAAAAUUGUGCUAUAAUUGUCUUCUACCAGGGCACUCAGUGCUGUUCUGUAAACUAAAUGUAUCCUGCAAGGUCUGCCAUCGUCGACACCAUUCACUCCUCCAUCAAAGUAGCUAUCGAGGAGCGACGCCAGCAGCUGAAGAGAAUAAGACAACUGACGUUUCUGCACAUGCCAAAAUGGAAGAAGUCGACGACGGGAGCCAAAACGACGAUGAAAGGUUAGAAGAUAUAGCAGCCAAUUUUGCAGCAGAUGAAUCAGCUGGGCUAUUGGCUACGGCUAUAGUACCGGUACGAGAUACGACUGGAAGGGUGAUCCUGCUGCGAGCGUUGGUGGAUAAAGGAUCACAAGCGACGUUUAUCACUGAAAGGGCAGCUCAACUAUUUAAAGUGAAGAGGGAGUAUAUUAGAGGGAGAAUUACAGGCGUUGGCGACACAAAUACAAGGGUUAAUCAUACCGUCCGAUUAGAUGUUCUUUCACGAUAUGAGAAUAAAUUCAACCUCAAUGUAAAGAUGUAUGUCAUGCCUACGCGAGUGACAAAGGUGCUGCCAUCCAAAAGGGUACCUAUAAAUGAAGAAUCCGGUGAUUGGGCGCAUUUGAAAGAUCUCCCUCUAGCAGAUCCCACAUUUAACAAACCUGGAAGAAUAGAUUUGCUUCUAGGAGUGAAAGUGUACUCACGAAUCUUAAAGGAAAAACUAAUCAAAGGUCCACCAGGAAAGCCGAUUGCUCAACUUACUAGCCUGGGUUGGAUUAUCUUCGGAGAAAUUGAUGAAUCAAACUCUCAAGAUGAUGUAAUAGCAAUGCAUCAUCAGUUAGACCUGGAUAAUAUGGUGAAAAACAUGUGGGAGUUAGAAGCACCUUUUAAACGAGCAUAUACAGCAGACGAAAGACUCUGUGAAGAAAUAUACGAAACCCUUCACUCCAGAACUGAAGAUGGGAGGUAUAUUGUGAAGCUACCUAUGAGAAAUAAACAGCCUCAAGCAACACAAGGUGAUACCAGAAGCAUAGCUAUGAAACGACUUAAGCAGUUAGAAUCACGUUUCGAUAGGAUGCCUCCGUUGAAAACUGAAUAUACCAGAGUGCUUGAGGAGUACCUAGCCAUGAACCAUAUGGAAGAAGUUCCAGAAGAGGAAAUAGAAGAUCCAGCUGUCUAUCUAUCUCAUCAUGCUAUAAUUAGAGAGGAAAAAGAGACAACGAAAUAUAGAAUUGUAUUUGACGCGUCAGCCAAGGGUUCCAAUAACAAAUCAUUAAACGAUGAUUUAUUAGUCGGACCCCAGCUACAAGAAGACUUGCGAAACAUUAUCAUGCGUUGGAGGAUGAGAAAGGUAUGCUAUGUAGCCGAUGUGGAGAAAAUGUACCGUCAAAUACUGGUAACCAAAGCUGACACCAACUAUCAAAGACUUCUAUGGCGUAAUAAUCCAAAAGAAGAAGUUAAAGAUUAUCGCCUGCUUCGAGUUACCUUUGGAACAGCAUCGGCCCCUUAUUUAGCCGUCAAGACGCUUCAUCAGAUAGCUAUGGAUGAAGGCAAGGACCAACCUAAUGCGGCACGAGUCAUUAAGGAGGACUUCUAUAUGGAUGAUUUGAUAUCAGGGAAUGACACCGUAGACGAGGCCAUAACCACAGCACGGGAAGUAAAGAGCAUACUACAACGAGGAGGUUUUCACUUACAAAAAUGGACAUCAAACGAACGAGAGUUCUUGGAGCAAAUUGAAGCGUCGCAACGAAGCUCGCGAGUUAAGAUGGAUAUCAAAUUAGAUGGAACGAUUCAAGCAUUAGGACUAUCCUGGAAUGUGGGCAACGACACCUUUCAAUAUACAUUAGAGCUACCCGACAUUCCUGAAAUUGUAACCAAACGAAACAUACUCGCUCAAGUACAAAGACUAUUUGAUCCUCUUGGGUGGUUGGCUCCUGCAAUUCUACCAGCUAAAAGUUUACUGCAACAGUUAUGGCUUCAAGGUAUUAGCUGGGAUGAGGAGGUCAGUGCUGAUUUUAAGAAAAAAUGGAUAAACUUACGUCAAAGUUUUGAUUACCUCCGCGACAUCGAAGUAGAGCGAUGGUUAUAUACGACUCAAAGUAACUUGCAAGCAGUUUCCGUGCACGGGUUUUGUGAUUCAUCCACAAAAGCAUAUGGAGCUGUAGCUUACCUCAGAGUUGAGACAGAAGGAGAAAUACGAACUGGAAUAAUUGCUGCCAAAACACGCGUCGCACCUGUGAAACCAGUCUCUCUUCCAAAACUGGAACUGUGUGCUGCGGUACUCCUCUCUAGACUACUCAAACAAGUAAAAGAAGCAAUGAGAAUACCCGAUACUCACUUAUAUGCCUGGACAGAUUCUUCCGUAGUGCUAUCAUGGCUAUUAGGUGACCCUGGAAGGUGGAACGUAUUUGUUUGCAAUCGAGUCGUCGAGAUAUUAGACAACAUUGGCAAUCAAAGGUGGUACCAUGUUGCCUCUGAAGAUAACCCAGCAGACAUCGCGAGUAGAGGGACAACCCUUCAACUACUAGCACAAGAUCGAAAAUGGUGGAAAGGCCCGAAGUGGCUGCAGACUGACGACAUUCCAUAUAGAAGACCUGAAAUAAAAGAAACAGAAUUAGAAAGAAAGAGAAAUAUACAAGUAAACGUGAAUAUAGAAAGUGAAGAGCCUGGAAUUAAAUUUGAAGAGUUUGAUACAUUGUCAGAGCUUUUGAAGACGAUUGUUUAUAGCUUGCGAUUCCUUAACAGUAAGAAGACCCCUGAAAAUAUACAAAAGGAAUUAACAACUACAGAACUAGAAAAUGCU